UCGAGACUCGUGGGAUUUUAAUAUUCCGGUAUAGAAUAAAAAAAAAAUAUAAAUGUAAAAUAAGUGAAAUAUUGUAAUAAAGAAAUAUACUUAUUUUAGUUGUAUUAUGAUUUUUGAAACACAUGGAAAAAAAAUCUUAUUUCAACAUUUAGUAGAACAGUGAAAAACGAAAGAAAAUGAAAUAGUUUCAAAUCAACAAGAACUAAAAUUAAUUAUUAAAACUGCAGUGAUAAAAAGAAAAACGGUAUUUGAGAAUUUUCAACUUUUUUAAUAAGCUGACAUUGACACAAUGAUUGAAAUUGAUAAAGUACUUGAAAAAUGUGGUGAUUUUCAUCGUUACCAGUUUAUGCUUCUGUUCCUAUUUUGUAUAAUUAAUUUACUAUCGUCAGUUCAGUAUUAUUCACAAACGAUAAUCAGUUUUAUACCAGAGCAUUGGUGUUAUCAUGAACUAUUACUUGAGCUUAAUGUAACAGAAAUAAGAAGAAUUUACGAAGGAAUUGAAAAUCCAUCUUGUGUUUCAUAUGAUAAUGUUAUGCUUGGUGAUAGACAAAAUGAAUCUGAAACCGAAAUAAUCAUAAAUAAAAGAAGUUGCACAAAAUUUAUUUAUAAUUAUGAUUUUGGUUAUCAUAGUAUGACAACUGAAUUAAAUUGGGUAUGUGAUUUAAAAUGGAAAACAACUGUUGGUCAGUCAAUGUUUUUUAUUGGAUCAGUUAUUGGAUCUUUGUUGUUUGGAAUAUUAGCUGAUAAAAUUGGUAGACUCCCUGUAUUAAUAUCAGCAAAUAUGGUUGCAAUGACUGGAAAUUUGAGUACAAUGUUUUGUUCAUCAUUUGAAUUCUUUUGUGUAUGCCGAUUUAUAGCUGGUAUGGCAACUGAUAGUAAUUUUGUAAUGAUGUAUAUAUUGGUAAUGGAAUAUAUUAGACCAUCUAUGCGUACAGCUGGUCUAAGUUUGUGUAUUGGUAUAUUUUAUUGUAUUGGAUCAGCAGUAACACCAUGGAUUGCUGUUUAUGUUGGUGAUUGGAGAAUGUUUCUAUUAGUAACUGGUAUACCAUUUCUUACAGUUCCAUUAUCAUAUUUUUUGGUAGUUGAGAGUGCACAAUGGUUGGUAACAAAAUGUCAAUAUGAUAAGGCAGUACAAUGUUUAAAACGUGUUGCAAAAUUUAAUGGUGUACAUGUUGAAGAUUACAUAUUCGAAGAGUUUAAAAUUAAUUGUACCAAAAGUAUGGCAAAUUCAACGAAAGAAGUAAAUAUGUUAAAGUUAUUUAAAACGCCAAGACUUCGUAGAAAUACAUUAAUUUUAUUUUUUAAGUCAAUGGUCCUAACCUUAUGUUAUGAUGCAAUUUCCCGCAAUGUUGAAGGACUUGGAAUAUCACCAUUUAUAAUGUUUUCAUUAAGUGCAUCAGCAAUAUUUCCAGCGUGUAUAGUUUUAAUUUUACUUCAAGACAAAAUUGGUCGAAAAGCAAUGGCAUCUAGCUCAUUAUUAAUGAGUGGAGUAUUUACAGCAGCUUCCGGUUUAAUUAUACUUUAUGGCAAAUCAAUAAAUGGCAAAUCAGAUGUUAUUCUUGUAACAACUCUAGCAAUUAUUGGACGUUUUGGUGUUACGGUUGCAUAUAACUCAGGAGCACAAUAUGCUACCGAAUUAAUACCAACUUGUGUUAGGGGGCAGGGUGUUGCAGCUGUUCAUGUUGCUGGGUUUGCCUUCACAUUCUUAAGUUCAUACAUUAUUUAUUUAAGUCAGCCAUUUCCAGCAUUAAUUCUAGGUGUCCUAUCUUUAUUUGGAGCUGGAUUAUGUUUAUUAUUACCAGAAACUUUAAAUAGGACCUUACCGUGUACUUUAGAAGCUGCUGAAGAAUUUGGUCGUGGAGAAAAUAUUUUCCAAUUUUCAUGUUUUGAAAAUAGAACAAAUAGAACAACUUCCACAGAUAACUUAGGCUGUUAAAUUUUUUUUUCUUCAAAAGUUAAUAAUUUAACUAUAAUAAAAAUGUAAAAUAUAAAGUAUUUUUCAAAUUAGAUGUGAUACAUUUUAAGUAAGUUUUUAAAGAAAAAUUUUACCAAAGACAAUUGUUAUUG